UCACUUGAGAAGUGGCCUUCAUGGCGUUGAGAACUGAGUAAAAGAUUUUAACAAAAUUUCUUCGUGCCUGAAACCAAACUUCGAACUGUUGUUAACCUUCACGCGAACCAUAACUACGGUCUCGCGAACAAACUCAGUUCAACUGUUUAUAAAAAAUACACAAGAAAUAAAAAGAUCUAACGAAAUAAAUAUGACAACAUCGCCCUUCAAAAAUUAAAAUAAAUCUCCAAUUAUCAACAUCGAUAAUAUUCGAAAAAACAAAUGCUCUCACUUGAUAAAAUAAUUGGCUUGAUAGUGAAUAUGGUUAGCUCGCUAUGAAAAACUCGUAAACAUUUUUGCCAAGUUAAUCAGGCAGAUAGAACUUGCACAAUAUAUGUUAGAUUGUCCUCGUGUUCUGCAAUCAUAAGAAAUUCAUCGAAAUUUCACAAAUCGGUGAACCAGGCCAUCUUCAGUUUUGACCUCAGUGGUCCAACAGCUGGAAUUGGCAACAUGUCUGUUGCAGAAAUAAUUCAGCAUUAUCAACGAAGUAUAGAAAAAUGUUCAGGAAACGAAGAAAGGAUGCUUUACUGCAUUGGAAAGCUGUACAGAUUGCCAGUUACCGUGCAGCAUUUACAAGAGACAGGAGUUGGUAGGACAGUGAAUGGCCUGCGAAAAUAUGUUGGGGAUGUUGGUGAUGCUGCCAAAGCUUUGGUAGCCAAAUGGAAGACAAUGGUCGCUGAUGAGGAAUCCAGCGAUGGAGAAGGAGCAACAGACGACGAGGCGAACAUAUCCGAGCCUCCAGAUGACUAUGGCAACAACUCACAUUCUAGAAAAAACGAUAAGGAUAGUAGCGACGACAGAGAUGAUAAUAGGAAAGAAUCAAGGUCUGGAAAUCAACAAUUGAAAGAGAAACGCGGAAUUAAACCAAGCAAAAAUGAAACAGUAAGAAAUAAUUUAAAAAUAUGUUCCGCAGAUAAGUCUAAAUCUAAAGAUAGCUAUAGCAGCAAAUCCAAUAGCGGCAGUGGCAGUGAAAAAGAUAGACACUCAAAAACUGAACUAGAUAAAUUGGAGUUAAUUGCUGAAUCAAAAGAUGAAAAAGAGGACAGACGCGAGGUAAAGUGUCAUUCCAAGUCUGACAAGAAAUCAAAAAGUGAUAGAAGUUCCCGGGAUCACAAGCAUGACUCAAGAAGAGAUGAGAAAAGUAAGAGCAAGGAUAAGGAUGGUAGUAAAGUAACCGACGAUUUGAAAAGAGAUUCCUGUAAAGUAUCUAGCAGUAAGUCUCGGGAUGUAAAAAAAAGUGACGGAAAUCACAGGAAACGGAAAUUAGAUAGUUAUAAUGAGAAAGAAAGCAGUAAAAAAAGGAAGCAUUCGGAGUCUGACAGUGAAGAAGAAAACGAACAACUUGCUACAAACUGUGAAGAUGAGCGUAAAAAAAUUCUAAAAGCACUGUCUAGUGAAUCAGAAUCUGAGGAAGAAAUUUCAAACAUUCAGAUCAAAGUCGAACCGCCGUCGCCUCCAUCUCAAAAAAAGGACAAUGAUCACCGGAACGAAGAAGUACGAAGCGAAAAUAAAAGCAUGAAGGAGAAGUUGGAAAGUCGAAACGUGCAUAAAUCGAAAGGAUCUGAAACUGGUGAAAGAACAAAACGUGACGAAGAGAAACGCAAGAGAAGAAGCAGCAAAUUGGAAGAUAAAACAGAGCAUAGAAAGAGCGAAAAACGAAAAGAUGACGGACACCAUUUAAACAGAGAAUCUUCCAAGUCAAAAAUUAACUCUGGCGUUUCUAGCAGUAACGAUAAAAUUAAGGAUAAAGAUAAGGACAAGGAAAAGGAGAAACAUAGAGAAAAAAAAGAGAACAAAACUCACAGUGAUUUAAAAGAUGCCAAGGCAUCGUCCAAUUUCAAAGAACCAAAAGAAAAGAAAAAGGUUAAGAAGGAAAUGAAUGGCGAUGAGGGGAUUGAUUGCAAUUCUGGUGCAAGUUUUGCUGAGGCUCUUGGAAUGUGCGCUUUUCCUUCAGCAACUUCUCGUAAACGAAACAGCUCGCCAAAUCUUUCUUCAUCAAAGACAAUUAAAACUGAACCAGGCACUUCGUCAACAUCACAUAACAGAUCUCCGGUUAGAAUUACGAAUGAAGUAUCUUCGAGCAACGACAAUUCGCCACCGACUCUUCUGUCACCGAAUGUUAAGCUUGAGCCAUUAAGUGUUGAUUUAGCAUCAACUUUACCUGAAAUCAGCCCUAACUACAAACCAUUGCCAUAUGUAAAUCCUCUACAACGUAAGCAAGAGGAAGAUAGGGUUCUUAACAAUGUUAUCUAUGCCAAGAGUCAAAGAACAAAAGUCUAUUCUGGAAACAAGUCUGGAUGCAACAAUGUUCCAACACUUUACGACAUGUGUAUCAGGAUAUUAAUUGAAAACAUUGAAGCUUUAGAAUUUACUGGUGGAGUUCCAUACGACAUUAUUAAACCAGUUUUGGAACGAGCUACACCAGACCAACUCUUUUCACUAGAACAUUAUAAUCCUUAUUUAAUUGAGGAUACAGAUACACUUUGGCAGUAUCACUGUAAUCGAGAAUUCCGGUCCAAACAGCGCGAAGAAAUGGAAACAUGGCGAGAGAUGUACAUGCGAUGCUUGGAUGAACGAGAAGCAAAACUGAAGGCUUUGACUGCAAACAUAAAACAGUCUAUAGACAAAUCUCUCCCAGUGAGGCAAACAAAGCUUGCUUAUGUUGACAAUGUGGUAAAGCCCCCACGAAAUGUACUUCGGAAACAAGCCAAGUAUGGCACUGCGAAGGAUACUACCACAUCUACAUCCGACCUCAAAAAUAAACUUAUUUCUGGUAGUGGCGCACCUACCAAUAUUUCUGUUCCUGCACCGCCGAUGGCACGAUCACGAAUAUCAUCUUCGAGUGUAGUGAAGAAACCGAAAGCUCCACUUAUGGCCAAAGCUUUACAAUUGAUCAAAGGAAGAUACAAACGAUAGUGUACCUAACUAUGUAAUCUUCGUUACGUGAUGAGGUAUAAUACGUGAUCAUGAACUACAUCAAUGUAAUGAAUUUAUAUUACUGAUAUCUGAGUGAUUAGGCUUAUUUUUUGUAAUUAACAGUGAAAAACUGAUAUUAUAUUUCCUUAUUUUUAAGUUUAAUUUUCCAAAUUCCCAAUCAGCUUGAGAUUGAUUGUAUGAUUGUAGACCUUAAUCAUUAAACGAAUAACGGUCAAAUAUAAGUCAUUAUAAUCAGUUCAGUUUAUUAUAAUCGUUAGAUUAUAUUACGUAAACAGCGAGGGUAACAAUUGCCGGACUUUUGAGAUUUUUUCUGAUAAAAGAACCAAUCUAGUUCGAUGUAGAUUUUGUCUGAUUUACCAAAUCCUUCAAAUUAGGUAUUAAUGUAUCCAUAUUAAAAUUUUUGUGUGAAAUGCAAAAAGGCGAUAUCUGAUCCUCAUUUUUUAUCCAUCUACUAAGGAAUUACUGUUUAGUUAGUGAUUUUGAACAGUGUGGCGCAUAGAGUGCCCACAUUGUCGGUAUCCAAAUUAAUCGAUUAGUGAAUUCACCCAAUCGAAAUAUCACAUAAGAUCAUUUUUUUUUUUUUGUGAAUCCUUAAGACGAAGUGCAUAUUACUCAGCCUUACAUGUGAAAAGCAUUGUACGAUACAUAUUUAUAUUAGAUACUAGGGCUGUACGGGUACUGAAUUCUUCGGGUCGGGUCGGGAAAAGUCUAUUAGUUUCGGAUCGAGUUCUCGAGGUGUUUUAGAUUCCCAAAAACAUGGAGAUUCCUGAAAAUAUCAGUUUUGUUGAAAUUUUCGGGAUUCCCGGAUCUCCCGAUGAAAGAUGAUCUAAUGUGUACUGAAAAUAUUGAUGUUAUUUAGAUAUACUAUUUACUAUCAGUAUUUAUCCAAAAUAAUCAAUAUUAGGUAAGUUGGGUUACUCACGUUUCGGGUUUCGCAAAAAUUUCAGGGGCCUGAUUUUGAUUUAUUUUUUACUCGUGAAAAAAAGGUUUGCCAUCUAAAAGCCGACUUCUGAUUGGUUUAGAUGGUGAUUAACACCGUUUUCACGAGUGAAAAAGAAAGUCAGGCCCCUGGUUUCACAAAGAUUGUGGGUCUUACGAAGUUUUCAGAUUUCCCGAAAAUCCCGGUUUUCCGACCAGUCUGGAAUCGCCAAAAACCCGAUCCGAUACAAACCGUCCCGAACCCGAACUUUUUUUACCCGAGUUUUCGGGAACCUGUACAGCCCUAUUAGAUACAUAUUUGUUAUGACACGAAAGUCAUAUUAAAUGUGAUUGUUUUGUCCGUAAAAAUAUUCUUAUUUACUCAUAAGUUCUUCAGUUAGACAAAAUAUUUACUGAAUUCGCCUGGCAUUUUGUUUUUAUCCAUACUAAAUCUUGAGCUUUUUUCACGUUUCAAUUGAAGUAGUAAAAUUACUAAUACUGAUAAUGUAAGUCAUUUGCGUAACUGUUAAACUCCGUCGUUUUAAUUGUGCCUCUAUUUCAAAAAAAUAGGUCACGCUGAUAGCAUUCAUUAUAGUUAUUAUUAGCAAUUAUUUUUAUUCAUAUACAGUAGCCUUCUGGUAGUGAAAAGGCAAGUCUCUAUUUUGAUAGAUUUUAGUAAUCGAGUAAUUCGUAUGAAUGUCGAUAUUCAUACACUGAGUUGUAAUGGAUCAACAUGAUAUCGAUUGAAUUGUACGUUCUGAACAAAAACGUCAUCUAUGAACACCAAUAACAAAUUAAUUAAAUGCUAUUCAAACUUGA